UCAGCCCCAAAAAUCAUCAUCCAGAUCCUCAUCACUGGCACGCAGAUAUUCGGCAAGGCCCUGUUCGAGGCGGGGAAACAGGCCGUCAAAAACGCGAAGCACCGGCCAGAUGGGUCAAUCGGUGGCGACGUGGCGGGCGUCGGCAACGCCAAGUCGGGCUCGCUGACGGAUCGUCUUACGCGGGACCACAGGAUGACGCUCGACGAGGCGCAUCUCAUUCUGAACGUCAAGCGAACCGAGGCCAUGGAGCAAAUCAUGCGCAAUUACGAGCAUCUCUACAAGGCGAAUUCCCCGCCCGCGGCGCCACCAAAAUCGACACCCGGUACACGAGGAGCUGCACCAUCAUCGUAUUCGCACUACAUCCAGUCGAAGGUCGUCCGCGCGCGCGAGCGAAUCGAGGCCGAGCUCAAAGUCGCAGAGGAGCCCCCCACCACGCCGCCACCGCCAUCCGAGCCCGGGCCCAGCGCCGGCGCGCAAUCGUCCAGUUGA